AUGUUGCUUCCUUCACUCUCGGCCGCAGUUCUACUCGCGCCCAGCGUUCUUGGUGGUAUUGUUUGGGAUGGUCGAUUCAACAACUAUUCUACAGCAACUGAUUUUGACAAGUGGUCGUGGAGCAGCCAAGUUGGAGCGUACCAGACCUACAUCUACGGGAAUCUACAUGGAGAAAAGGCAUCGUCGUGGUACACGCUCGGGUCACAGUACAAGAACCCUGCUACUACCACCGCUAAGCAAGGCGUCAAAGUUAAGAUCAAUGCCAACUCGAUAUGGAAUGGAGGCACUAUGCUUAGGAGUGAACUUAUUCCUCAAACGACAUCUAGUCUCAGUGGACACUUAUAUUUCCAUGUGUCUCUGCAAAUCCCCACGGUAAACCCACCUGACCCUAACUACGAGCACCAGAUCGUCUUCUGGGAAGGUCACUAUGCAGAUAUCAAAUAUGGCCAGUUGGCAGGGCAAAACGGCGUUGCAGACGUACUCCGCGUCAUUACUGGGGGAAAGACAAUCUGGUCCGUCACCCCUGUCAAGGGAACUUGGUAUAAUUUCAUUCUCGAGACUGGAUCGCCCGGCGGGUUGUGGGUUUCUACCGGCGGUAAUGCUUUGACUAAAGUUUACAGUGGGUCUCUAAACGGAAAUGGCGGCACCGACUGGCAUAUCGGUGCUCUCCGCUUGCCGAAUGGAAACACCAAUACAAUUACGGAGGAGAACAUUUACUACAGUGGAGUAUAUGUCGAGGAUUCUGGGCCGACCACCACACCAUAG